AGAACUUUCAAUUCCUUGAAACUUUUUUAAAUUUCCUCAAUCUCCCAUGAAGCUUUGCGAGCGUCGAGCUCGUUCUUUUCCGCCAUAUUGGCAAUAACAAGGUAUUUUAAAAAUGUUUUUGAAUGGAAUCCCUUUCAAUCCCACUAUUUCUGCUUGCUUUUCCCCACUUUUGCAAACGGCUUUGUAAAGUACAACACUUCCUCUUUAAUUUCGUGCAAUUAUUUUUCUCGUAGAUGGCCCAACGGCUAACUUUAAGGCGACGUUUGUCAUACAAUACUAAUUCAAAUAGCAGGCGAAUGUAAGCAUACUGUUAAAUUUUAUGCCAAAAAAAUUGACUAUGUGAGGAUUUUAUAGUUUCUACGUUAACCUGUAUUUAAUAUUUUCUUUCACAUUUUUCUUUGAAUAGCUCUAAAACCCCAGGUAUGUUCCAAAUUAUCGAAUAUAAAAUCGUGACUCAUCUUCUUGACUUGGUAGUUUACUACCAACAAAGGAAUCAAAUGCUCGUAGCCAAUCAUAGGGAUGUUGGUGGUUCUGUUAUUUGCUUAGUGUGCGCAUUUCACCCCUCAGAUUUGGGGUUGAUUCCUGUAAUUUGCAGCUGUUGAUUAUAAUUUCGCCUCAGUUGCAUCUGAUUCAGGAAAUUUAUGAUUGCCUGACUCACUGACUGGACAGUUUGGAAAUUGCACACCAGAGAUUUUAAAAAUUUACUAGUACACAUACAGAAAGCAUCAAAAUUGUGUACUUGAUAUCUCGGUUGUGUGAUACAAACUUGACCUGAUUGGAAUGUUUGGAAAUUGCACACCUGCCUGUCUUCAUUCCAUGUAGGCCACACCGAAGAUCUUUUGGUGUGGGUUUCGACUUGCAAGCACGCAAUCCCAUCAAGGUUGACACAUAAUCAGUGCUGUUCAAGACUAACACCCGUAUUCUAAAAGCACACUCAAUGAGUGGAAGUUCAAUCUGAGCUUCCCUUGAGUGUUAAUGCUCACUAAUUUUUGAAUAGCUGGAGCGUGAAUAGUUGUAUAGUAAGGUACGACACUAACCCUCCAGCAAAAACAGCAAUGACACUUGAGAGAAGUUCAGAUUGAACUUCCACUCAUUUAGUGUGAGUGAGCUUUCAGGGCUUUCAGAAUCAUUUUUAGUAAGCGGCUGUGCGAUAAAUCUUGUAGCGGCCGCCAGAGUUCUGGCGGGUUUUGAAAGCCCUGGCUUUUAGAAUACGGGCGUAAAACUUGAAAUCGGAAAUUUUUCUUCAGGAUGAGGUUUACAUGGGAUACAGCUACCGCGGCACUCCCGAGAGAUUUCAAAAAUUGUUAAUAAAUACAGAAAAUAUCAAAAUUGUGUGCCCGAUACAUAAUGGGUUGUAUGAUACAAACUCUCCACACUGCCAGUUGCAUGUGAGAAAACUGCUUACAAUACCAAAUAACCACAGUUGAAUGUAUGCUUGGGCUGCUGCAGAGUAUAUUACAAGUCCAUGUGACCUUGUCUUUUACUCCAAUGCGAUACUACUGACCACUUAACAGUUUUACUGUCACUUUCAAGGUGGCAAACUUGUUUACCUUUACACAAAGAAGCGGGGCAGUGUGCCGAAAUGUGGUGAUUGCAAGAAGAAACUACAGGGGGUGAGAAUAUAUACAGCUUCGCUUAUAUAUGUGCAAAUAUUGUGCUACUAAGAGGCUAUUUUAUGUGACUGACUUGCUGUAUUGUUUUUAGCUGCCAGCUGUACGACCAAGAAAACUUAAACAGUUAUCAAAGCCUAAAAAGACAGUUUCACGUGCCUAUGGAGGUUCUCGAUGUGCCAAAUGUGUAAGAGAAAGGUAGCUAUGAUGGCAUUUUUUUUCUUGUUUGUACAUGAAGUACAUAUCCUGGUUGAUUUUUGGUGGUGGUCAGCUUUAGAAAUGCAGGCGCUUGUAAGAGCAAGAAAAUCAAGCUAUGUUUCUCCAUUCUAUUUAUUUGCCUCCAAACACAAGACUAUUGCAUAUACUAAAAG